AUGCAGAACAUACGGCUUAUUGCUUUGCUUCCAGUUUCCCCAGACAAGCCCUUCGGGAAGAUUCAAUGUCUGCUCGGAGAAGAGUCAUUCGAUUCCUGCCGCCCCUAUGAAGCGCUUUCUUAUGUCUGGGGAGAUCCUAUGAAGACUCGACCAAUUACGGUCAACGGCAGGCCCCUCGAUGUAACCGAAAAUUUGGAAGCUGCAUUGCGUGAGUUGCGGUUUUCCAAUGGCAAGAUACGAAUUUUGUGGAUCGACGCUGUUUGUAUCAACCAAGCCGAUUCCGAGGAGAAAGGCCAUCAGGUCGGAAUGAUGGAUGUUAUCUAUAAGAAGGCAGAAGAAGUUGUCGUAUGGCUUGGAAGAGAAUCUAAUAAGACUUCAAUGUCUCUCGAGCAUGCCAGGUUCUUUUCUGGACUACCGAUGACUAAAGGCUUACCCCAACAUUUCCCUUUCCGCCCUGAGCCAAUGUUGUCACUCAUCCAUUCUUAUACUGCGAUUUUGAAACGUCCAUGGUGGAGACGGAUUUGGGUCAUUCAAGAAUUUGCACUGGCCUCCAAAGUAAACAUUCGCUGUGGC